AUACCUACAAAUUGCAGAAAGUAAGAGAUGGCAAGCCCGAAUCAGCAACAUCAGCCAGAAAUUUCUCAACCACGGGGCGGCGGGAGCAACCUCAACGAUGACAAAAAUUUUGACGAUCAGCAGAAACCUGGAUGGAAAAAGUUUGUGGCGUUUGUAGGCCCUGGUUUUCUUGUCUCAAUGGCUUAUAUUGACCCUGGAAGCUUGGAAACUGAUUUGCAAGCAGGAGCUAAUCACCGAUAUGAGCUAUUAUGGGUAGUUCUUGUCGCAUUAAUCUUUGCUUUUAUAAUCCAGUCCCUUGCUGCAAAUCUUGGAGUAUGCUCUGGUAAACAUUUAUCAGAAUUAUGCAAGGCUGAGUACCCAAAAUAUGUCAAGUACUGCCUGUGGUUGCUGGCCGAAAUAGCUGUCAUAAACGCUGACAUCCCAGAAGGCAUCCAGAAUUCUUAA